UUAUGCAGCAAGAGGGGACUGUGAAGGAGAGGCGGGGAGAAGCGAGAGAGGAAGGGAACGGAUCGUCAAAGAAUAGCGGCGCCGAUGCAGCGGAGUGGGUGUUGAUCUUCGAGGAAGAAUAAGAAUCCCCUUUGUUUCUUUCUCUCGGACGCGGAGACGAGGAACGCGAAGGACGGAAGCCGGACAGGUUGAAGAAUAACGGAAGGGAAAAGGAUAGGAAAGGAGGAAGGAGAGAAAGAGGCGGUUGAUCUCCGACACUUAGGUCCAGAGAUCUUCCACAGUGGCUCUGGACCUGCAAGUUGAUCAUUAUUUCUUUUGGCCAGAAAGAUGAUGAGGGAUUUGAGUCAAUGGUUCAUCUGUGUACCUUUUAUGGAGGUUGUGCCUCAAAAGUUUUAAACCAUCGAUGAUUAAAGUGCUGCAUGAGUUGUGAUUGCAAAUGUGCAGUUGAUGGUUGUGGAGCUUUCUCAGAGAAUACAGAGUAACAUGGGACUUGAACUUCCAAGACCUAUAGAUCCUCACUUGAAGUGGAAAACAACUGGUAAGGGCAGGCAAAGAGGUGCAAGACGAGCUAGAACUUCAUAUGCUUGGGGCAAUCAGAAAAACCGUAUGGUCAAUAGUUUCAGGAGUGAGGGUAUGAUGCAUAAGGGUCCGAAGAGAGCAGGAGAUAUUUCUGUCUCUGAGUCUGAGAAGGUUGGUGUCAGCAUUCUUGGACGACGCUUCAGUGACUCCCUCAGUAUUGUUCCCAUAAAGAAAAGGAAAAUUCUUUUAGUUAAUUCUCCAUCAUCUACAUUGCAGUCUACUUAUUCAGAUGAUUCUGAUCACUUACUAGAAAGCCAGCUUGCUUUUUAUCUGGAAACUUUAGCAUAUGACAAAAAUCAUAACAAAAGAAAUGUUGCUGAUAAGUUGACUAUUUUGGAUGACAUUAAUGAAGAGGCCGGUGAUGUAGAUUUCUCUGGCAUGUCAAUAUUGGCCGCUGCUGCCUGCAGUUGUGAAAUAGUGAGUGACACCUUAAACAUUGGAGGUAUUGUUUCAAAAGGAUAUUCUUAUAAAGAAGAACUUUUAGAAGGCACACAAGGUACCCAAUCACAUUCCUUAUAUGAAGAUAAAGACCGGCAAUCUGAAUCUACUCAAGAUUUACAAGAAAAUUGUAACAUCCCUGUGGAAGAAUGUUCAGCAUUCAAACCUACCGAUGAUGAUAAUCUCCAAGGGUCAGCGAGCCAAAAGAACUUCACAGUUUCAUUGCAAAAUGAUUCUGAUGAGAUAAGAUCCUCUGUCUCUGAUUCUAGGCUUCACUGGGACCUUAACACUGCCAUGGAUGCCUGGAAUAGCAAUUUUGAUGCAGCUGUAGUCUCCGAGCCACUUCCAACUGAUCCUGCAUGUGAAAAUCUCAGUCACAAUGAAAAGCUGGCAGAUUUUGAAACUUUUCAGGAUCGAGUUGGAAAUGCAGAGAGCACAUGCUCUACUGGACUUGGUGAAAGCUUGGAAAAUGUGGCUGAUCUCCCAAAGGAUGACUGUGCAUUGCUUAAGUCAGAGGUUUGGGAAAAACCUGAUUCAUGCAAUAAUAAUUCAAUGACUGAUCAUGAUCACGUAAAGCGGUGCUGCUCUCUUCCUUAUGGUGAUUGUUUGCUCGAAGAGAAUGUGGUUACUGCCUCAGUUUCUUUGGUCAACUCUUCUGAAGAAACUGAAGUUGUUUACGAUCAAAGAAACAGCCUCUGUAGUACUGAACUUGUUUCUUCAGUAGCUAGAGAUAUUCUUGGUUCCUUGAGGGAUGCCACUUUGGUAAUUGAAUCUAUUGAUAAAGCAAAGGCUGAUGCAGACUCUGGCUUGAUGUCAGAAACUGAAACAUCAUUUUGUCUUUUGCCUUGUAGUGGGAAUACCAGCUCUGACUUCCAUAAUGAUGCACAUAAUCCUCAUCUGAAUUUGGUACAAUCAAUCCGUAAGCCAAUCUCCGAUGAGAAACCAAAUAUAGUUGCAUCCAAUACUGAGAGCAGCUCUGAUGAUCAUUCUGUGGCUAAUGCUGAAGUAGAACAGCUUAUUGACGUAAGCAUCUCUCAGAUUGAGGAGCAUAGAGUUCUGAAUACUGAUUUAGAGAGUGGUGAUCAGUCUUCUGUCCUUGCUGAGAAAGCUUCUGAUGUUUUGUUUGAUGCAAAUGCUAUCAGCAAUAUGGUGGAAACAUGCCGAUCUGGUGAAAUUGUACAUUGUGAUGACAUUGAUGUCACCAAUGGUCUGCAUGCCGAGGGAUCUUCCAGAGAAGUGGAUGGGAGUCCAUGCCUAUUAAAUGGUCAUCAUCAGAGCAGCUUAGGGUCAUUCUAUCCUGAUGUGUUAUGUUCUAUAAUCACAUGUGUUGGCAAAUAUGAACAGUCUACAACAGAGCUAAAGGUUGACAAUGAUAAAUGUGUUGGGUCUGUGGCACCUAUUUCAGUUUCAGCUGAUAUGACAGUGAAAGAAAUUGAUGUCAGUUUGGUAGAUAAUGCUAUGAAUACUCAGGAGGCAGGCAAAAGCUACAUGGAUUCUUGUGUAAAUUAUUCUGGAGAAGUUGCUUUCAAUGAUCAUAUCCAUAAUUAUGACUCAGAUGCAUCUCAUCUUGAUGCUUGCCAGGCCAAUGGAAUGGAAAAAGUCGACCUUCUGGUAGAUGAGGACUCUCAAUUUGAGGAUGGCGAAUUUAGGGAAUCAGUUCUACAAAGUUGGGGAGAAGAUGGAGCUGAGGAAAGGGAGGCUGCACAUUUGGAUUAUGGCUCUGACAACAGAGAGAAUGCUGUCCUUGAAGCAGUUUCUUGUUUCCCUGAUUCUCUUCCUUCUUCUAUUGAAAACAUGAUGGGUAAAAGCAGGGAUGUGUCAGUUGCUAUUCAUGAUGGAGCAGCUAACAUUAUGAAUAGUUUGUUUGUUGUUUCUCAACCUUCAUUGAAGUGCUUAUCCAAAUCAGCCUCUUUGGAUUCAGGGGAUGGGAAGAAAACUUCUACAGAUAUCGGUAGUAAGGAUUGCACAGGUCAUUUGACAGUGAAGAUGAUUGGACAGGGUGGAUUUCAAGAUGGUGAGAAUAACAGGUGGCCUCCAGCUUGUGUGAGAAUGAAAUAUUCAGGAUGGGAUCAGUUGCCUGUAGCCUGUGUACAUAUUGGAGAUGGCAUGUUGGACACUGGGAUUGGCUCUGAUAAACAAGAUGGUAAAGCUGGUGCUUUGGAUGAAUCUGGUGCUGAUGAAUCGGUGGGAAGAUCUGGUUUGUCAUUCAGGAGAGGCUUCUCAUCCCGAGUUGAGAGGCCGAUGUCCUCAGAUGAGUCACAUAGGCAAGAUAGUUCUUCUGCUAGAAUAACCAGGCGAGAUAGUUCUUCUUCUAGAAUGACCAGAUCUGAUGAUCAUGGUGGUCUAAAUACGAAAGUUGAAAGGAAUAUUGGUGCUCCUAAAUCAGUUGGGACGGGCAGAUCAUCUCAGCAUCCUCAAAGGAUGGUCAGAGACAUACAUUGCUUUGAUGCUUCCAAUCAUCAUCAUCCCAAGUGUCCCGGUUCACCUGGUUACUGUGAUGCACCUAGUGCUCUACCUGGAUCAAGGAAUGUGGCUGCAGCAGCUGCUGCAAAGGUGGAGAGUAAUGGCUUUGUUGUUGCAUAUGAUGGCACGAUAGCUAAGGCAGGUGGUGCUGGAAAUGCUGGUCGUGUGGUAAGACAAUCUACCAAUGCUUCAUCACAAAGUAGAUGGGGGUCACAAGCUGAGACAGAGCUUGCAUGUGGUGUGCAGAGAAGAUUCAGAAGUUUAAAGGACAUGAGCCCUAACCGGCACUUCAGUGUCAGUAGGAGCCAGGCUGGUAAAUAUGGUCAUGAAAUGGCCAGGGACCGGUAUUACAGGCUUGUGCCUGAUGACAGAAUGAACUUAUCACCACCUGUGCACCAUUCAUCUAGGAGAUACAGGAGCUUCUCUCCACACAAGGGGCCCCUUUGUCUAUCUCGUUCUCGCACUGGAUUUCCUUCAAGAUCUAGAAUUCGAUCCCCUCAUCUGUGGACAUCCCCUAGGAGAAGUGAAAUUGGGAUGAAUAAUGUCUUGGGUUAUUCCAGGGGCAGCAGGUCUCUCAGAGCCAGAAUGGAGAGAAUGAGGUCACCCCAUUUACAAUCUAGCGUUGAGGACCCCAUGGUAGGGUAUGGCCCCACAUCGAGAACCUUUGCUUCCCCAUUGCAUCAUUCAAGUUGGAUUGAUGAGAGGGAUUCAUCCAAUCACCUCAGGGAGCAUGAUUACAGGCGGCGAUCUAGAAGAAGUCCAUAUACUAAAGCUUUUACAAACUCGAAGCUUGACUCAGUGCAUUCACACGGAAGAUCAGAGCCUAAUGGUCGCCAUCAUCAUCUGCAUUCUGGCAAGAUCCCCGAGAUCGCUGGUUUGAGUAGAGGAUAUAAAUGUGCUGGAAGUGAUGAUAGAAUGGGAUAUGGCGAUAGGUAUCAAUCGCUCCGACCUUGGAGCCAAGAAAACACUAAUAGCAGUAAAAAGUUCUUCAGGUAAGAGAUGGGGGUUCCACACUCAUAAAUCUGGACCCAAAUUCGUAUAUCAAAGUGUGGGCCCUAGGGUAUUUGGUAGGGCCCAAUUUUGAUCCAGCUUGGGUAGAACCUCAAGAGUUAAAUGAAAGAAAGGUCAUUUUAAUUAUAACAGGUGUGCAAACCCUGGUACCUGCUUCAAGUCCUAUGCAUCAAAGGUUGUGAUGCUCGCUUCUGGGCUCUAGUUCAUGAUCUUGCUUUAAUCGCAUGAGAUCAAAGAGAUGGUGAACCCUUUUAAAGUUUGUCUCCUUGGAGAGAAAGGCAUCUAGUUUCAGUACUCUAGCUUGUAAAAACAUUACAUUGUUUUGGGCUUAAGGCACAGUCUUUUUUUCGUAAUUCAUUUUUGAGUUGGAUUCUGGCUCACCAAAUUAUGAUCAAUUAACAAAGUUUGAAUCUGUGUCCUUUAGCAGUUGGCAUGCUUUUUGAACUUAGCCACAGAUACCUUUUGAGCUGUCUGCUUUUGUUAGGAAAUAAACUGUUUGCUUUUCAACUACUCUUCUGCUCAGGGCUUUUUGUGGAACCAAUUUCAAAUCAGCAACAAACAGCAUAUAUUUUUUUAUUGUAUAGCAAAAAGCUGCUCAAGGUAUAUCUUCCAUGAAAUUGUUUAAUAUGGUCAGCAUAAUUUUUUGACAGUACAGCAAAAGUCCAGGAAAUUGGUUAAUAUGAUGCUUUUCUGUGUUAUAGAAGUGAACUUCAUAUGGCACUGAGCUAUGGUUCUGAUCUCCGGAAACCUCUGAUUUAACAUGAUAGAUCAUUCACCCAGAUUUUCCACUGCAAAAUUUAUGAUAGGCACUUCUCAAGUUCUGAUGUCUUUCCUGCUUCCUACCAGGUGAUGUCUGUGCAUCAGUGACAUAGUAGACUAAAUCAGCACAAUCAUCUCAAUGUAUGCAGUAUUAGAAAAUCUAUAAAAGAGGCUGCUACUGAACUUGUUCAAGGUAAUGCUAUUAAGUUGGAUAGAAGUACGUGUGAUGUGUUUGGAAUCUCCACUUGUAUGGCUAUAAAUCUCUCAAUUUACUUGGUACCUUAUUCUAGUUGUCAAAAAUUAUUUCAUUUAAUCCCUCAUAUAUGUAUGGUGUUCAAGUGUGAACUUAAAAAGCAUUGAUAACUGCAGUAGUACCUUGUUUCUCUUGAUGUAAUUUUUGCCUUUUGCUAUCUGUAUCUUUACUCUGUGACAAUAUUUUGGCAUCCUUAUUGCAACACGUUACAAUAUAGUUUUGGGGGGGGGCUAAAUUGCUUCCUACAAUUAUGUAUUUAUAACUUUUCUAUUUGCCAUUAUUCUUGUUGUACCUUAUCUUAAAAGGUGAUAUUUGUUCUUUGCUUUAGGCUUUCUUUUCUUCGCCAUCUGGUUAAACAUCACAGCUAAUUAAUAAUUUUCUGUAGUUGUGGUUAUUCCUGAUUUUUGUGUAGGUAAGAACUAUUCUAAAAACCGAAUAGCUUCGAUAAUAAUGGGGUUUUUUUUCAACUGGCAGGGAAUUCUUCCUUUAACUAGCUAUGAAUCUGAUUAUUUUGGGAAGCUUCACCUUGGCAUGUCUGAAAUGAAAUAUUUCUUUAUGGUUGUCCUGUUUGAUAUCAGAUGCGCAUCUUCAUGUAGCUGAUGUUAUUUUAAAUGAGUAUGAUAUGGCACCUUUCUUGACCAUCACUAGUACAUAUCUCCAAUGCUGGUUAAUGAUUUAGGUUCUUCAUAGUUUUGAAGUAAGUUUUAAAUUUUGCAAACACUGCAAUUUUAGGUUUUAAAUGAGAUUGAAUUUAGAAAUUUUCAUUCGCGGAACUUGUGAUGAAACAAAGAUGCUUCUUUAGAGUUAUAGGUUAUUUUUAGAAUUACAAUGCAUGUUAUUAGACUUAUUGUGAGUGUUUUAGAGUACCUUCAAAUGCUCCACGUGUAGUUUUUUGUGGUAUGCAUUUGUAGCUUAAAGGAGAACUAGCUGAAGGCUGGAAGAAGAAAGUGCUUAUAAUGGAGAAAGGAAAGAGAUAAAUAGUACUUGUGUUGCAGGAAACCCAGAACCACAGUGGGUGGCUGCUUCACCGAGGAAAGAAGAAAGGAUAAGAUGGGAUGGUUGGAGGAUCCUGCUGCUGCAUGGUAUGAUUUGGUGAUUCCCCAAUUGGUGGUGUACAUAUCUGGAAGACUUCAAACUUUGUCAAUCUUAUGUUAAGAAUGGAGAGAGCUUAUGCAAUUUGGAGCUUGCCGAAAGCUUGGUAAAUGUGGCUGGCAUUCCAAGAAAUAGUUAUGCAAUAGUUACUAAUGAGGCGUAAGAAAACCUGAUACAUUUAGUAGUAAAUCUGCAGAUUUGAAAGUUGAUGACAACAAUUAUGUUGGUUUGGUGGCCCCUAUUUCCAUUACAGCUGUUAGUACCAUGGCAAACACUAUGUUGAUUUGAUAGAUGGUACCAUGGACACUGUGGCUAUGGGCAAAAGCUAUGUCAGUGUCAACUGUAAUAUUUUGACAGCAGGUCCCCAUAGCCAGAACUGAGAUAAUGAGGAUUGAUGAAAGAAAGGAUUCACCCAAUGGAACCCUUGCUUCCCCUUUACAUGCUUAAAAAUUGAUUUAUGAAAGAAAGGAUUCACCCAAUCAUCAUAGCGAACAUGAGUUGCAAGGAAGUGUUGUUCUGGAAGAAGCCCACUUAUUGAAGUAUUGCAAGGAAGACCAAAGGCUGAUGACUACAAUCUUCCUCCACACUCUAACAGGAAUCCAGAAUUUGCUGGUUUGACGGGGGAUAUAAGUGUGAUGGUACUUAUGAUAGAAGGGGACAUGAUGGUAGAUGCAUUCUGUGGGGCAAUACAACAUUGAUAAUGUUGUGAAGCACUUCAGUUAAUAUGUUUAGGAGGUUUGCAUUUUCGUAAUUCUGGACCAUGCUCAGGAGCUUCAUCAUUCUUUCAGCAGAGAGAGAGAGAGAGAGAGCCCAAGGGGAAUUCUCAGCUAGCUUGGAAAUUAAUCUCACAGACAUAAAUGACAGAAUGUUAGGAGUGGAAGUUCUGAUACCGGUUUCAAGUCAUGUGGCGUCCAGGGUUGCAACAAUAUGUCUUCUCAUCGAAAGGCUUUGUGACUGCAACAUACAAUUUAGUUAGCCACUUGUGUGGGCUUCUAAAGAGAUGCUGAACCCACUAAUAGUUUUUCUUUUUCUGUUAAAAGUUGCAGACUCAUAUUUCCACACUAUAAAAGCAUUACAUUGUUAGUAGAAAUUUCUAAUUUUUGGGAUAAGUUCA